UUCACUCACAAAACGGAAUGGAAUCCAGAUUGGAACGUGGCGAGUUUUUUUCUAAGAAUGAAAAAAGCCUAGAUAGAAGUUCAUCAGUCGGAGUGUUCAGGUUGGUGCUGGACGCAAUGACAUAUCAUAGAAAGUCGGAUUGUUCUUCGCACAUAAAUAAUAGCGUCAGCUCAUCUGCUCUCAGUAAUAUUACAUCGAAACCAAGUCCUUCAACAAAGAGACUUCGGUGGGCUACAGGUCGUCGGAAGCAGGAAGAAAUGAGUAAAUCGCUGAUGACAUCGGACGCACAAAGUGGAGAUAUUUGUCGUAUUUCCGACGGACCAAAUUAUCUUUUCAUGGCCACGAAAAAUGGACACUUAAAGAAAAUAAUAUCAGUAUGCGAUAUACAGCCCGAAAGAUUAUUUCACCGUGAUUUGAAGGGAGCCUCCCUUUUACAUCACGCAGCUGCGUAUGGUAGAAUUAACAAUAUGGAGUAUAUUCUCCAGUGCCCCAACGGAGUGAAAUUGUUAAACUCAUUGGACGAAUUGGACUCUACGCCCCUGAAUUGGGCUGCUUCAAGAGACGAAGCGGAAAGUAUAAACCUUUUGUUAUCAAGAGGAUGUGACCCGAUGUUACAAAAUAAACGAGGGGAGAAUGCUCUGCACACAUGCGUAAUGGAAAAGUCUUACAGCGCAUUGGAGGCCAUGCUCGUAAAGAAGAAUCGAGUUGACGUAAAUCAGAAGAAGAAGACAUCAGGAGCGACUGCUUUACAUAUAUCGGCUGAAUAUGAUGACUUCAAAUCAGCACAAAUGUUGCUUGCAGCCGGCGCAAAGCCGUGUAUUGCGUGCAACAUAGGAUACAGACCUUUGCAUUGCGCUGCUUUGCAUGGAUCGAGGGGAGUGAUGGAGUUGAUUAUACAAAAAUGUGAAGAGUCUGGAUAUACCAGAGACCAGGUUUUAUCAUUCAAUGACAAAGAGAUGUGCAGUCCACUACAUUGUGCGGUGUUUGGAGGAAAUACUGAUGCUAUAAAAACUUGUUUAAGUUAUGGAGCACGACUGGAUAAAUGCCAGGCCGACCUAUCAACACCAAUGCAUUUGGUAUGUGCACAAGGGGCAUUUGACAUUGUUGAAAUUAUGUUCGAGUUGGCGAGAGAUCAAGCACUCGUCACAUUAUCGAUGAAAGAUAAUCAGAAACAUACGCCUUUACACAAAGCGGCAAUGUAUGGUCAUGGUAGAAUAGCUCAGUAUUUAGUAAGAGAAGGGGCUGCUACAGACAUUCCUGAUGCUGAAGAAAAUACUCCAUUGCUUUUGGCUGCUUCUCGAGAAAACUGGAUUUGCGUUAGACAACUAAUUGAAGCAGGAGCCGAUAUUCUAUUGAAAAACAAAGAUGGGAGAAAUGUUCUUCACAUGAUUGUGUUGCAAGGAGGGGACAUAAGACAUCUUGACGCACAAAAUAUUCACCGUAAUGAAAUAACGGAAAUUUCAAAAACUAUAUUUAUGAGGCCCGAAAUCCAAGAACUGCUCAACCAAACAGACGCAGACGGAUGCACUCCUUUGCAUUAUGCGUGUCAGGAAGGUAAUUUAGCGAGUCUUGAAACUUUGAUGGGACUUGGAGUGAGUGCCAGGAUGAAAUCUAGUGUAGAUCAAUCACCCCUGCAUUUUGCUGCGAUGUAUGGACGAUAUAAUACUUGUAGGAAAUUACUAAAUAGUACCCAGGGUCCCAAUAUAAUAAACGACAAAGACCAACAAGGAAUGACUCCACUACAUUUUGCAUCACUGAAUGGGCAUACGAAAGUUGUUGAACUAUUUUUAAACAAGGGUGCAGUUUUCCAUCGUACAAAUGCGGGUCAAUCUGUACUGCAUGCAGCGUCUUCCAACGGUUAUACGAAAACUAUGAGAAUUUUGAUAACAAUGAACAGAACUUUGCUUGAUCAACAAGAUGAAGACGGGGACACAGCACUGCAUAUUGCAGCAAGAAACAGUCACGUAAAUGCCGUUCGAUUGUGUUUGGAUCUUGGAUCAGGUAUAUUUCGUAAUCGCAUUGGAACUACUGCAUUCGUAGAGACGAUUACUACAAAGAAUAGAGAAGUUGCGCUUGCAAUGGUGGAGCAUGGACGAUGGGAAGAAGGCAUGGACGCUAUAUCGCGUGAAAAGGGAGAGUGUAUUCUACCUAGUUUAUUGCUGAUUCAACAUUUGCCUGAUGUAUGGAUGGCAGCUAUGAAUCGUUGUAUUGAAACUGCAGAUUGCAAUCCAAAGAGCAAAAAGUAUUGGAUCAAGUAUCAGUUCAAGUAUCUACAACCAAGUUUGAAGACCCAGGAGACCAUGAAUGACUGUAAUUCGAUGAACAAAAAAGAAUCGAUUGAAAAGAAGAAUAAGAAGGUGGAAAAGGGUGAAAAUGCAUCACGAACUUUUAACUUACCAGCGCUUAAUAAAAUGGUGGACUACAAUAGAGUGGAGUGUUUACGCCACCCAGUGUCAAUGGCAUAUAUGCACAUGAAAUGGAAUGCAUAUGGAAGAUGGUUUCAUGGGUUGAAUUUGUUUGUGUACAUGCUUGGAUUAUUCCCUCUGACGUAUCUGGUUUGCACGAUGGAUUCAGCGCCUAGUAAACAUAUAGAUGGGUAUGGGAAUUCCAGUACUUUCGAUGGACCUUUUCAGUACUCAAACUUUCAAUACAGUAUGCUGAUCAUCUUAACAGUACUUUCUUCUUGUCAACUUAUAAAAGAAAUAGUACAAAUGAUUGAACAGAAAGCAAAUUACUUCAAAGACAUGAUAAAUAUGAUCGAAUGGUUGUUAUACGUUUGUAGUUUGUUGUACGUGAUUCCGUUUUACACUGGAUAUCCACAUCACUGGCAAUUUGACUGUGGUGCAUUGGCUAUUCUGUUUGCGUGGCUAAAUUUCCUGCUGUUUUUACAAAGAUUUGAUAUAACUGGCAUAUAUGUGGUUAUGUUCAUAGAAAUAUUCAGCACACUGGUGAAAGUGUUGGCGAUAUUUUCUUCUCUUAUCGUUGCUUUCUCAUUAGCGUUUUAUGUUUUAAUGUGCGCCGAGGAUGACCACCAUUCAUCUUUUUCAUCCGUUGGGUUAUCUAUCAUGCGUAUUAUAACGAUGACGUUGGGUGAAGUUAACUAUAUCGAAAAAUUUGUCAUGCCAUAUGUUGAUGACGAUGACAAUACACUGCAUUAUUCUGUGAUGGCGAUGCUUUUAUUGGCAUUUUUUAUUCUGAUAAUGCCAAUAUUACUCAUGAAUCUACUUAUUGGUUUGGCGGUUGGUGAUAUAGCACAAGUGCAAAAUACCGCUUCUUUGAGACGGUUGGCAAUGCAGGUGCAACUGCACACUGACAUUGAAAGCAGGCUGUCUGAAAGAAUGUUGAAUGCAAUUGACAAAAAGGAGCUUAUAAUGUAUCCCAAUCGAACAUGUGGCAGCAUUGAAAAAUUAUUUGGCUUCGUUUCAGGUAUUCCAGGAAUUGAAAACGAAUACGGCGAAUCGCGAACUGACAGAAAUAUUUCGUAUUUGAAUACUGAAAUUCAAAAACAGAAAGUCAGAAUGAAAGAUAUUCAGAAUUCGAUGCAAAGACAAUACGACAUGUUGAGACUAAUUGUACAAAAAAUGGAAAUUCGUUCUGAAGCAGAUGACCGAGACGAAGGCAACAAUCCAUCUUCACAAACACGGGCUGAUGUCAAUAGAAACCGAUUGCGAAUGUCUGCUAUUGUCGGUGCAAAACUAGCAACAACCAGAACUUUGAAGUCUUCGAGACAAUAAUAAACGUGAUGUAAUGUUCUUAUUAAUUUCCCACUUGUGAAUUAAGAACUUUUUGAUGGGCACGAAAUGUACAUAUAGAUCGUUUUGUUAUUAAGUUGUUGUUAGGAUUCAUGUUCUGGUUGUUAUGAAAAAAAUUGCUUUUCUCACCAACCACUGGACCAAUUGCUUUGAAAUUUUUUAGUGGUUAAAGAUUGUUUUUUCGCUAGUUGUUUUCAUGUUUAAAUACUUUUAAUGGCAGUAUUUUCUGUUUUAAAAUAUUUGCUUUUCAUUCAAUUUCCUUUUUUAUCUUCACUUCAAUCAAGAGCAGUUGGUUUACGUCGACGUGUCUUUUCCAUUCCGUCUUUCCUUGACAAAGAAUAGUCGUUUUCGUUACACCGUUUUACAUUGUGCGAUUCGAUUCUUCUUAUCAAAAUAUUUCUCCAGUUCCACACGACACCAUAUAAUAUUCUCCUGUACAAAACGUAAAGCAAUAUUAUAGUAAUAAUAAAAAGUGUAAAAUCCA